UCACGCACGGAGCGGUGGUAAUGAUCAUCGUCAUCAUCAGCACCACGUAUAUAAGGGCAGAGUCGCGUGGAUUGAACACUACUACAGAAAGCGAGCCUAGGAGAAAGCGUGACCCCUUGCCCGUCCUGCCCUCGCCUUGAAUAACUGCAAGAUGCGUGCGUCGUGGAUGAUCGCUGUGGUGGUGCUGGUGCUGUCCGCCGCCCUCGUAUACGCAAGCCCUGUGUCCGACCAAGAGGAGGAGUCUGGAGGCUCCAAGACGCUGCACGCCAUCAAGCAGUUCUUCAGGCCUGUCACCAGCUACUUCAGUUCCAUCCCCUCCAAGACGCCCUCAGAUAUCGUGGGCGACGUGAAGGAAAAGAUGGAUGAUGUUCGUGAUUGGGCAGGCGAGAACGAGGCCAUUCAGACCCUCCGUGGCGCCAUCAGCCCCGUCAAGACCUGGAUCAAGGAGAAGGCUGACGUCGUGAAGGACCAGACUUUCAGCGACCUGUACGAAAACGUGAAGUCCUCCGUGAAGGAUAUGGACGACAAGAUCGGGACGUGGCUGCAGGAGAAGACUUCGGGAUAGGACCUUCCUUCUUCGCUUCCUCCACUUACGCCAAGAACGUCCUCGAUCUCCUCCCCACUUUAGUUCCUACGUCUUGAAACGCACUUAUAAUUCCUCCUCCUCCUCCUCCUAAGACAUAUUCCUCCUCCUUCGUCAUCUCCAUGCGCUUACAUCGAGAGCAAACUCAAUCGAUCUCCACUUAAGUCUUUGUAUACGUUCUGAAACACUUAUUCCUCCUCCUCCUCCUCUUCCUGAGACUCCUUCCCUCUCCGUCUCCUCCACUUUAGAUGGCACAGACAGAAGGUUGGUUUUGAGGUUGAAGGACACUGUGAGUUCCUUCUGCCGGUCCCUUGAAAUCCUAAACCUUUCCCUCUUUAUGCAUUUAGUUCCUACAUCCUUUAAAAACAUCGCUUGAACAUCCUUGAACGUAUUUUCCUUUCCCUCCUUAGGCGUUAGUAAUAUCAGAGCAAUACUGGAAUACUCUGGUGGUUCAUUGAGAUGUUGGAGUUCCUUCUGCCGUCCCCAUGAAAUCCUAUUCCUCCUUAGUUCCUACGUCCUUAAAACACAUCCUUUCCCUUUUUCUGGAUCCUGCGUCCUUAAAGAUAUAUCAUUUUCCCUCUAGAGCCAUCGAAGGACACUACGUUCGUUCCUUCUGCCGUUCCCUUGAAAUCCUAUACUCCUCUUUAGCUCCUACGUCCCUAAAACACAUCCUUUCCCCUUUUUCUGGUUCCUGCGUCCUUAAAAAUAUAUUCCUUUCCAUCUUGAGCCAUCUUGACGGUCCUCUUGAAAUCUUUAAAAUAAUCCAUCCAUUUCCUUUUCUGGUUCCUGCGUCCUUGAAAAAUACUCCUUUCCCUUCCUCUCCUCCGUCUCCUACCGUGAUAGCCUUCCCCCGAUACUCCAUCUUCACUUCUAUGGUUUUGUAAUGGCACUCCUUUGCCCUGUCCUUCCCUGCGCGGGCUUCAGGGAGGUACAAGAGGUUGACCAUAGCCUUGUUAAUACUACCGUUUCCUUGUGCCAGUACCUACAUAUUUUAUAGUAAAUUAUAUUAUUACUA